CGAAAGUGAAGUCUGUCGUCUGCAACAUUUUCUUCUUUCUCUUUGGCUAAGCCGACCAGAUUUGAGAAUCUAUAAUAGAGAUUUUGGGAGGUGUACUUUGUAAGUGUUAGUCUAUUUAAGCUUAGAUGAUCAGUUCAUAAUGGAUCCAAAUGAUAGAAGAAUUCAAAGAAGCUGGAGUGGAAGUUCAUCCUAUUCCCAGGUAUCAUCACAAAGGGAGGCUUCUGGCAGAAAUGACACCAGGGUUAAAGUAGAAUUUUUGCUUUCACAGCUUCCAUCCCGUGUAAAGGAUUUUAAUUUUGAAGUUCAAAGAGAGUUUUCAAGGUCUCUUGAUGAUCUUAAGGAGAAUGGUGAUGACUGGCGAAUUGUAGCUUCUCGACUUGGGUUCUCAAAUAUCAUACCCCAACUGGAGCACAGGUCCCAGCCAACCAUUGAUCUUCUCAGGCAGUGCACUGAGACAACCUGUGGACAGCUGUUGGAAAUUCUUGUUGAUGUUAAUAGAAGGGAUGUGCUAGAUGACUUGGUCAAAUUUUGUAAUGAGAGAAACACCGACACUAUCCCCUUACAGCAUUUAGGAUCUUCUCCCACGCAAGAGAGUGAUUUUGGCAGGAGCACCAGUUCUGGUCUUUCGUGGCCAUUGCAAGACUCUGGAUGUGAAAGUAUAUCAAUAGGGGGGCCAAAGGCGCAGGAGUCAGAAGAAAAGGAGGAAGAUUUUUUGUCAGAUGAAUCUAAAAAGUUUUGGCUUCAGAUUCCUGGGGCCUACGAGCGAAAGAGCUGGAAGGAAUUUUAUCAAGCUGCCAAGAACGCUUGUCCAAUAGAAAUGCAGCAGGGAAAUGUGCAGAAAUUUCUCAGCAAACUGCUCAACAUUGAAUUUGCAACUGACAAGAUCGGACUUGAUCAGUUUUUAGAGUUGGUGGCGCUGUUUGGCCCUUUCAAGCCAGGACCUGAGGGUUGCCUGCAAAAGAUGUCUGAUUUGAUGAGGUACUCAAUUUCAGUUCGAGAUGGCACAAAAGAGAGUUGGUUUGCAGGUCGAAUGAACGAAACCGAAUCAGCUGAUCGCCUUACUGACCAGGCUCCAGGGUAUUAUCUUCUCCGGAUCAGUUCUUCCAGAGCUCACCAGGGUGUAUUUGUGCUGGCCGUUAAAACUAAGGAUAAUGGCGUGGUUCAAAUUCAAAUUGAGAGAGACUUGCAAAACGGGAACCUUCUGAUUGCGGACAGAAAAUUUAAAGAUCUGAGGUCAGUCGUCGAUGCUUUAAGGCGAGAUGUUCUCUUGGAAAACUGCAAGCAGCUUAUAAUCAAUCCAUGCCCGGGACUACCGCUCAAUGCUGUUUUCACCGGCUAUGUCGAUGCUGGAGCAAGACAAGGAGGUCGUGGGCGGGGGAAACCUCGAAAGUGAUUCAAGCACAAGUCGUCUGAAAACUCGUGACCCUUUCUGACAUGUGCAAACUCUUGAUUAGUGAAGAAUAAUUGGGUCUGCAAAGACGAUUUCCACUUUAUGUCUUCAGUGACCGGUAGGGGUAUCGAAUGAUUCUUGCGGGCAUGCGCGAGCAUGCGAGGAUUGUGUUUACUUUUGCGAGCACGAGCAGCUGUCAAAUUUUUCUUGCGAGCAGCGAGCACUUCAGAAAAUACAGAUGGCGAGCAGCGAGCACUUAAGAAAAAUACAAAUGGCGAGCAGCGAGCACUUCGAGUACUUCUUAAAUUUUCCGCUAGCCGGAAUCUCUCUUUUAUUAAUAGGAUACGUUGUUUUGCGCCAAGUAAUAGCUAAUAAUCUGGCUAACACUUCCAAAACAGAACGAUAGGUGCAAAGCUAGUGGGGUUUAACCAGUCUCAGCAUCUUACAGCCAACUGUACCCUGCUUGAUGCCAAAUUACGUGCAAAUUACGUGCCAAAUUACGUUAGUCAGGGUGGACGCUCAAGAACUUCAAAAGCCUUCAAGGCGACCUACUAGAUUCAAAGCACGCGAUCUAAAGUUUUCCAUUUCUUCCUAACCCGACGCUAAAAUGGAUUGUAUGUUUUUUGUUUUGGUUAUCCAGGUCUUAUGAAAUGUAAAUAAGGAGACAUUCGGUCGAACGAGCAUUUCGGGCUUCGGUUUCGAUGAUCGGCAAACUGGUUUCCCGCUGAUCGACUGUAAAAGGUUCAACGCAAUGAAGCUUUAUUUAAUUUGAGGCUUCUAGAAUCUAGCCAGUUACAGCCGAACAGAUCUGACAAGCUCUAGUGGUAGCUCUGAAGGUCAAAUAGUACUGGUAARCGUAGUGUUUCUCUAGAUUACUUUCUACCUUCGCGGGUGCCUUUCGAGAAGAAUUCUUACAUUUCGUUUUUCCGCGUGACAUGGAGACAUUAAGUUUCUCGACAUGUCUCUUCGUUUGGCUGGCCCUUUACUUUUCAAUCAAAAUGGUUAAAACAACAUUUCAUUUAAGAAUUUCCCUGAGCCACCGUUUGGCAUCAGAUUAUAAUAGUUAUUAUUACUAGUGGCCAGGAAGCCUCCAAGGUUGAAAAAACCGCUACAAAAUGCGGUCCGAGUACACUGUUUCAAAAUAUUUUCAUUCCGUCCAUUUUAUUUCCCAUUGCAAACUGGAGAAUCCAUCAUGUCUACAAACCCUGAUAAUUUGCUCAAAUAAAUGGGAAUUUAGAUCAACAAAGGUUCGCAAGUAAUGUUGUCUCCACAGGAGAUUAUGUCACCUCCCGUAAUGUUGAGCUUCCUAUCAAAAUUUCGUGAUAAAUAGAUCGUGUUACAGUCCCGUUUUCUUGCUCAAGCAUAAAAAGGUUUAAGUCGUUGGGUAAAAUACCCGGGAAACUGGUUACAGUUGUAAGGCUAGCUUCAAGCAAUGAAAUCAAAUCUACUGGGGGAAAAAGCAAAAUCAGUUUUAACAGAAAUUAAAUCUUUUGGGUACUUGUUAAUAACCUAAGAAACAAGUGAAUAGAUGAACGAUCACAUAUUUGAACUGCGAAACUUUGCCCCUUUCAAGCAGAAAGCGUCCGACAGUGAAAUAGGAUAAAGAAUAAACCAUUGAACGAACUGCUUGUCAUGUAGCUUCGUGCGUUUCCCAUAAUACAUACAGCGCCUCCAAAACAGUUACAGGCUGAACUGUUGAAGAAAGACUGAAGCCGGAUGUUAGGAUAUUUCAACCUUUUUGUUUUAACCAUAUCACAACUGAUUUAUCGAUUAUAUAUGAAUAAAAAGUAAUUACAAAGCAGGAUUACCGAAAUUUCAAGGAAGCGAGCACAUGUUAACGAGAAUGCGAGCAUGCGCGCGAGCAGUUGCAAAAAAAAAAACAAAAAAGCGCCCACCCGUGUAAUUUUUGCAAGUAAUUCGAGCAAAGGCCAUAUUUUGCGAGCACUUGUAAAUUGAAUGGGAUCAUUCGAUACCCCUACUGUUAACCUUGUAGAGGUUAGGACUUAUCUUGGCAUGAGGAAUUCCGUAUGGUUUUUUAACAGUUUGCGUCGAGUGUGCUUCCCGCUGGAGUUAAAAAUAUGUAGGGAUUGUUUUACUUUCGUUUUGAAUAUUUUGAUAGCCAAAUGGAGAAAACAUUUUUAUUUGUGUUUUAUUGAUCCAUAUCUUUAUUUAUUCAUAUGCCUCAGUGCAAGGCGUUCUUCAAUGUUUGAGUUGUAAUUUAAGCCAAAAAAUGAGUGUGCGAUGCUCCCGAAAAGAUUUCAAACUCAAACAAAGAGGCUAAAAGCAGGUAUUUCGUUGAGUUUGGCUAUUUAUGUCUUUAAUAUGUGAGGUGAUGAACAGGUGCCGUUUAUGGCAAGGUCCUGUUUGCAGCCCCUGAGCCUCCAAGUUUUGUCCUUCAGCAGUAUGACUUCUCCUUUUGUGACAGCUUUUCGUGUCUGCUCGUGUGCUCUUGCUGUUCUCGUUUUGGGUUUGGAAAGUAAUUGUUGCCCCUACGAUUGCUUUUUAAGUAUUGUCAAACGUGGUACUUGUUCCACAUGGGGAAAAAGAUAUCCACCAGCGUUUGCUUUGUCUUAAAGGGCUUUAGGUAUUCAAUUAAAUUGACUUAAUUUAAAGCUG